AUGGAAGAUGCUGGAUGGAGCUCACAUGGUGGAAUGUACACCUCUGAUGAGGAGGCAGAUUUCAUGUCUCAGUUGCUUGCUAACUGUUCUGUCACAAAUGAGAUGAAUGAGGCUUCAAGCUCUUCAAUCCCAUUUGCAAUUUGUCCAAGCCAUGGUUAUUCAACAACUAACAGGGAAGACAUUGAUCAAGGAUCACAUUAUUAUUCAGAUUUUGCUAAUCUCUAUUUUUCAAAUGGGAUUGAUACUUAUGGUACUGCUAAUAAUGGAAACUACUACACCAGUGACUCUCACCAAAUUAUGCCAACAAAUUACCAUAACUACGAGACGUCUCGAGGUCUUUGGGAUGCCAAUGGUGCCAACUUGUUCCUCAGUCAAGGUGAACAAUUCGGCAUGGAUCAUCACCAAGAAUUGAGAAAUGGCAAUGUGGAAGAGCACUCUAACACAAACCAGACAGGAGCUGCUUUUUCUGAAAAUCUUCUGCAGCUUAAAAGGGAAUCUCAGCAUGAGAUGAGAAUAAGGGAACCGGAGAUGGAAAUUGAAGUUAUGGUGCCUGAGAAUUCUAAGAAAAGGCCUUGCAGUUCAGUAGAAGUUCAAAAGAAAAAGAGGAAUGUGAAGUCGAAGAAGGGUCAGAAGCCGGUCUUAACCGGAGGCAUUGAAGAUAAUGAUGCUAGCACCAAAGGGCAGAGCCCAAGCAGUACUAGCUGCUCAGGUGAUGAGGACUCCAAUGCUUCUCAUCAGGAUCUGAGUGGAGGCGUGAGCCCUUCAAGCUUAAGUCCAAAAAGGCUUGAAGAUCUCAACUUGAAUUGCGAAAAAAAAGCCAGUAGGGGAUCAGCAACUGAUUCCCAAAGCAUAUAUGCAAGGAAAAGAAGAGAAAAAAUAAACACGAGGCUGAGAAUUUUGCAGAACCUUGUACCUAAUGGCACAAAGGUUGAUAUCAGCACCAUGCUUGAGGAGGCUGUCCAGUACGUGAAGUUCUUACAGCUUCAGAUCAAGCUCUUAAGCUCUGAUGAUAUGUGGAUGUAUGCGCCUAUCGUUUACAAUGGAAUAAACAUCGGAAUUGACUUUAACUCUUGA